AUUCCUGUUUUUUUUCCCUCCUCCUCCUAAGUUGAAAGGCAGGAGCAGAGCGGUGGGGGCCCAGCUUGCCUUCCUACUUGCAGUGGAUGCAUCGCUUUCUUCUCUCCCUCUUCCUUUUCCCCCUCUUGUCCUUCCAACGUUACUGUUUCUCGCUCGGUGGUGAUAUUUUCAACCCAACAUUUCCUUCGCCAUGGCGGGGGCUAUUAUUGAGAAUAUGAGCACCAAAAAGUUGGUGAUAGUGGGAGUUAUUCUGCUUUUGUUCCAGGCGUUUGCCUUCAUGGUCGGCGGUUUAAUUGCUCCCAGCCCCACCACAGCAGUGCACUACUUGGCCACAAAAUGCGUGGAUAAGGUGAAAAAACCGCAGCAAACAAAGUGGUUCAUGCCUUGGGGUGAAAAGAAGUGUGUUAACAUCCAGUCCUUUGAUGAAGCCAUGGCCAAGGGGAUCGAGGCUAACAACAUUGUGUUUGCUGUCCACAUUCCUCUUCCCAACAAGGAGAUGAGCCCGUGGUUCCAGUUCAUGCUGGUCAUUCUGCAGUUUGACAUCGCUUUUAAGAUGUACAACCAGAUAGCGGAUGGAGCAUUGGUGCACAUUGAUGUUGGCCUGGCCUACAGAGAUGAUAUGAACAGUGAAUGGACUGAGAUGGCUCAUUCCCUCGAGCAGAGGAAACUCAGCUGCAACUUCACCGCUACCAAGACUCACGAGAAUGAGGGCCGUCACUACGAGUGCGACUUGCUACCUUUCAUGGAAGUGGGGAGCGUGGCCCAUAAGUACUACCUCCUCAACAUUCGCCUGCCUGUCAACGAGAGGAAGAAGAUCAAUGUGGGAAUUGGAGAGAUCAAAGACAUCCGACUUGUUGGAAUUCAUCAGAACGGUGGCUUCACCAAAGUUUGGUUUGCCAUGAAGACCUUCCUCACACCCAGCAUCCUCAUCAUCAUGAUCUGGUACUGGAGACGCAUCACCCUCAUGAGCAGACCUCCUGUCCUGCUAGAGAAGGUAAUCUUGGCUCUAGGAAUCUCCAUGACAUUCAUCAACAUCCCAGUGGAGUGGUUUUCUGUCGGCUUCAACUGGACAUGGAUGCUGCUUUUUGGAGACAUCAGGCAGGGCAUCUUCUACUCCAUGCUGCUCUCCUUCUGGAUCAUCUUCUGCGGGGAGCACCUUAUGGACCAGACGGAGAGGAACCGUUUCUCAAUUUACUGGAAGCAGGUCGGACCUAUCGUGUUUGGUUCCUUUUGCCUCUUUAUCUUUGACAUGUGUGAGAGAGGUGUCCAGCUGAAAAAUCCCUUCUACAGCAUCUGGGCUUCGGACAUAGGAACUGAGCUGGCUAUGGCUUUCAUAAUUGUGGCAGGGAUCUGUGCGUGUCUCUACUUUCUCUUCCUCUGCUUCAUGGUUUUUCAAGUCUUCCGCAACAUUAGUGGCAAGAGGAUGUCCCUCCCUGCCAUGACUAAGGCCAGACAGCUUCACUAUGAGGGUCUGAUUUUUAGGUUUAAAUUCCUCAUGCUGGUCACUCUGGCCUGUGCUGCACUGACAGUGAUCUUCUUCAUCAUAAGUCAGGUGAAUGAAGGUCACUGGCACUGGGGAGAACACACGGUGCAGGUGAACAGCGCCUUUUUCACUGGGAUCUACGGCAUGUGGAAUCUGUACGUGUUCGCCAUCAUGUUUCUCUAUGCACCGUCUCACAAACACUAUGGAGAUGAGCAGUCAAGUGGUCAGUGCAUCACUGGUGAUGCCGGAGUGAACAUCGGUGAAGACAUGCAGCUGACCACAACUAUCACACAUGUCGAUGGUCCCACUGAGAUCUACAAGAUGAUUGGCAAAGAAGCCCAGGAAUAGAUUUAACACUGUUACGCAGACUCCCAUCUACUCUGCUCCACCACUGAUGUAUAUGUAAUCAAACAGGCUUCCUCUUUAUGUCUGAAAUGGCUCUAAAAUGGGAUCUGCAAUCCACCAUGCAUGCAAUUACCAUCACCCCGAAAUUGCUCUCUGGCACCAAACCACGAGGUUGUUUAAAAGCCAGUAUGUUCCCAAAGUGUCUUUUUGUCUUUGUAAAGGCUGAAUAUCAGCACUCCUAUCAGUCCUGUUCAUUUCACGGUGGAAUUUCUUCUCACAUUUCAUACUUUAUUGUAAACUAUGUGGUGUUUGUUAAUGUUGCGCAAUACCUUUCACACAAAGUCUGGUACUGAAAAAGCUGCUUUACAGGGAGACAAAAGCAGUUCUUUGUGGUGUGAGCCGCUGUCGCACUCCUGUGCCAUUUGUUUUAAAUACCUGAGCUGACAAAGACCGACUGCAAGAUGUUUUAGACACGUGGUUUGAUUUUCUGCUUUAUUAGGGGGCGUUUUCUCAUUCAAGGCGUUCAGAACCUGUCACAAAUGUAUGUGUCAUAGAAAGUAGAUCAUAUGGAGUACUGCUGUCACAAUUAGUCAUUCAAGUCCUUUU